UCCUGUUUAUGCCUUCUUCAGCUGCCCUAAAUCAAAGAGUGCUAUAGCCAAGGUGACAGAUACAGAACACAGAGCACUGGAUAUUCCAAAACAAAUGAAUGAAGGUUGGCAGAAGCUGGCACUGGUAACAGGAGCUUUCUUCAUCACGCGGCGCUUAGGUCUCGAACCGCCAACCUUUGCGAUCAUCCAAGUCAGCGUCUUAACCGCUCAGCCACCGUGUCCCAAUAAAAAAAGGCUGAUUUUCAAAGAGAUAAGGAUGCAUGGAGGCUUGGAAUACAACAGCGCUGGCAAAACUGUGCACAGCCUCAAGGAACAGAUUGGACCAGUUCUGAAAAUGCUUCCUCAACCGGGAGAAGUGAUGAGAACCAAUUCCAAUGGAGUUUUGCCCUACUGCAGCCAGGCAUCUGAAUGUGGACUUAGUGGGCACGCCGGACCGUUGUGUAAAAGACCAGCUAAGGUUUUGAUCACCGGAGGUGCGGGCUGUUUUGGGUACCACCUGGGCUGUGCCCUCAUCAGCGAAGGUGUCUGUGUCAUUUUGUUUGACAGACAAAAGCCUAGAUGGGAGAUUCCCAAGAAAGCAGUCUUUAUCCAGGGUGAUGUGAGAGAUGACAAGGCAGUGUUCAGAGCUUGUGAAGGAGUGGACUGUGUGUUCCAUGCAGCAUCAUAUGGCAUGUCAGGAUCAGAGCAGUUAGAAAAGAAAGAAGAGAUUGAGUCAAUAAAUGUUGGAGGAACAAAGGUUGUCAUUGAUGUUUGCCAAAAAAGAAGUAUUUCCAGAUUGAUAUAUACCAGUUCGGUGAGUGUUGUAUUUGGUGGAAACCCGAUUGAAGAUGGAGAUGAGGAAACAGUGCCAUAUUUCCCUCUAGAGAAGCAGACUAACCAUUAUUCCAGAACCAAAGCAAUUGCAGAUCAAAUGGUACUAGCUGCUAAUGGAACGCUGCUUAAAGGAGGUGGUAAACUACGAACAUGCGUUCUUCGCCCACCAGGCAUCUAUGGGCCAGAAGAGCAGAGACACCUUCCACGUGUCGUUGAGAACAUCCAGAGAAGAAUCCUGUGUUUCAGAUCUGGGGAUUCAAACACACUGAUGAACUGGGUUCAUACUUCUAAUCUUGUACAGGGUCACCUCUUAGCUGCUAAGGCUCUAACAGCUGACAAAGAAUAUGUGGCUAGUGGCCAGGCAUAUUAUAUACAUGAUGGAGAGAAAGUCAAUUUUUUUGAAUGGAUUACACCAUUGUAUGAAAAAUUGGGAUGCCAGAAGCCAUGCAUCUAUCUUCCUAGAUUUCUUAUUUUGUCAGGAGCCAUCUUGCUUGAACAUCUGCACCUGUUCCUUAAACCAGUUUUUAAAUUUACACCUGUACUGACUAAAAAUGAGGUACUCAGUGUCAUUGUUACUCACACUUUUCGGAUAGACAAGGCGUGUAAAGAGUUGGGUUACUAUCCAAAGAAAUUUACAUUGGCUGAUACAGUGGAUCAUUACCUGAAAACAAGACUCCAACAUCAACUUUAGCCAUUCUUCCUCAUGAUAUUUCUUAUAUUUGACAUAUUUUCAUUAUUUUUGUCCUUUUUGUUUUUUGCUUUAACCAUUUGAAGUAUAAUUUCCCUGUGUCUUUUUGUUGUGUGUUUGUGUUGGGUUUGUUUUUUUAAAAAGUACUGAUUAAUUUGUGAAGAAUUAGCAAGGGCCUGGAUUACUCCUUCAUUUGUGAUCAGAUAGUGACAUUAUAUAAUUUUGAACUCUUCUGUGAAGUGCUGUUACUUGGGAAUUCUCACCUUGCCACCAUUUCUCUGUAAAAACAGCCUAUAGAAGUAAGCUUGCUUCUUUUGCAAUGAAGAUGGAAUUCUGAAAUAGAGUCCAUGGAGCAAAUACAUGCAUUUUAGGGAGGGUUGCUGCACCUGCAUCACAUGUAAAACCAGAAAUAUGUUAGAUUUCAGGUAUGCUCCAUCUACAAAGCUAAACAAAACUAUUCCUUCCUCAUCAAUGUACAGGUAUCAGAACCCUUUGAUCCAUAAGAUAUUUUAUUCUACUGCAAGCAUCUUCUUUUCCCAGUAAUAUAAUCACCUGACUAGGAGAAUUCAUAGAAAUACUACCAAAACCUUUGAAUAGACCAACAACUGGUCUUUAGCCAAACCCCAUAGAAGCAGUUCCAUGCGUGUGCUAUUUAUUGUAAGUACUGGUGGAACGUGUUUUAAACAUUAUUGCAGUUUUAUUUCUAUCUCUGAGAGGAAGGCUCCUUCUCUAUCCAACCUGGAACUGGAUUUGUGAGUUGUUGGGUUUUUUUUGGGGGGUGGGUGGGUUCAAGAGUGGGAAGGAAAAAGAAUUCAUAUUGAUAUUCAUUAAAAUAUUUAUAGCACCUUAGCACCUAACAUAUAGUACCCCCCCAACACACACACACCUUCUACCUCUUUGGGGUUCUUCCUUGCUAUAUAGCACUUUAGCUACCAGGUUUGAAGCUGCUUGCAAGCAGAGAGAGAGAGAGAGAGGCACAUAUAUAUAUUACACUCAGAGUGUAGAUACAUAAUUCAUACACAUCUUCGAAUAUACGCAUAAAGAUACCCAUGCCUUGGAAAUGUUAGGCACUAUAAAAAAAUUCAGUGAAUAUCAGUGUGAAUUAUAUAGAGCCUAUUUCAGCUAUUUGUAUCAGCACGUUAUUUCUGAACAAUAAA